AUGGCGGAGAUGCGGGGUAACCCAUUACCGGAGAAAUUGCAACUUUGUGGUUCUGACCAUCCUGGGAUGGUUUUGGUUAGUGCACCCCUGACCGGCAACAACUACCUCAACUGGAGUUUCGGGAUCAAGAGAGCUCUACGUGCCAAGAUGAAGCUGGGAUUUAUCAAUGGCACUUCCAUCAAACCAAAUAUUGAUGACUCGUUUUCUGAACAGUGGAUUAGAGUGGACAGCAUGGUGACCACAUGGAUCCUCAAGUCCAUCUCCAAAGACAUUGUGGAGGCUUUUAUGUACACAAAAUCCUUCAGGAGUUUAUGGUUAGAUCUUGAGCAGCGAUACGGCGAAUGUAAUGGGCCACAGUUGUACCAACUACAGCGGCAGAUAUGCUCUAUGACACAAGGUUCCUCCUCCCUAUCUACAUAUUUCACCAACAUGAAACACCUGUGGAUGAAAUGGGAGAGCUGA